CACCGAAGGAGCCCUCCAGCAAGGGGUGCCCUGGAGGACCAGGACAGCUGCAGGUGGGGUGUGCCAGCCAGUGAGCUGCGAGCAGAGCUGUGAGGGAUCUGGACUCCUCAGGCCCGGAGAUGGCUGCAAACUGCUCCUGGGAGGCCCAUCCCACCAACAGGAACAAGAUGUGCCCCGGCCUGAGCGAGGCCCCGGAGCUCUACAGCCGCGGCUUCCUGACCAUCCAGCAGCUGGCCCCCCUGCCGCCUCCGCCCGUCAUGAACUACAUCUUCCUGCUGCUCUGCCUGUGCGGCCUGGCGGGCAACGGGCUGGUGCUCUGGUUCUUCGGCUUCUGCAUCAGGAGGAGCCCCUUCUCCGUGUACUUCCUGCACCUGGCGGGCGCCGACGCGGGCUACCUGUCCAGCAAGGCCGUGCUGUCCGCGCUCAGCACCGGGGGCUUCCGGGGCGCCUUGGCCGAGUACGUGCGCACCGUGGGCCGCGUCCUGGGGCUCUGCACCUUCGUGGCGGGCGUGAGCCUCCUGCCGGCCGUCAGCUGCGAGCGCUGCGUCUCCGUCAUCUUCCCCGCCUGGUACUGGCGCCAGCGGCCCAAGCGCCUGUCGGCCGUGGUGUGCGCCCUGCUCUGGACCCUGUCGCUCCUGGUCACCGGCAUCCACAACUACUUCUGCGCGUUCCUGGGCCGCCAGGCGGCCGGGGCGGCCUGCAGGCACACGGACAUCUUCCUGGGCGUCCUGCUCUUCCUGGUCUUCUGCCCGCUCAUGGUGCUGCCCUGCCUGGCGCUCGUCCUGCACGUGGAGUGCCGGGCCCGGCGCCGCCAGCGCUCCGCCAAGCUCAACCACGUCGUCCUGGCCGUGGUCUCGGUCUUCCUCGUGUCCUCCAUCUACCUGGGGAUCGACUGGUUCCUCUUCUGGGCCUUCCAGAUCCCGGCCCCCUUCCCGGAGUACGUCACCGACCUGUGCAUCUGCGUCAACAGCAGCGCCAAGCCCGUCGUCUACUUCCUGGCCGGCAGGGACAAGUCGCAGCGGCUGUGGGAGCCCCUCAGGGUGGUCUUCCAGCGGGCCCUGCGUGACGGGGCCGAGCUCGGGGAGGCCGGGGGCGGCACACCCAACACGGUCACCAUGGAGAUGCAGUGCCCCCCCGGGAACACCUCCUGA